AUGGAGAUCUACAACUUCCGAUCCACCAAACAAAAGGAGGGUCAGAUAUUAGACGAGUAUGUCACAGAACUACGUACGCUUUCCAAAACAUGCGAGUUAACCGAUGCAGACAAAGAAAUCCUGACAAAGCUAAUUCAACACUGCUCCUCCAAUCGACUCCGACACAGGGCUCUCCGUGAACCGGACAAAACGCUUACACAAAUAAUCGACAUGGGCCGCACAUUGGAAAUAGCAGAUCAACAGGCCUCAACUAAGGAACGCGAAACUGUCCACACACUGACACGGAAAUACAACGACACCAAAACGAAGCGACCCCCAGCAAAAACUGCCAGCCGUGCCAGUGGUCCUAAACGCUCAACACAGCCCAACCAAACAGCGGCACAUCAGGCACGAUGUAAACUCUGCAUUUAUUGUGGAGGGAGCUAUCCCCAUACAGGCACAUGCCCAGCGAAGGGACAAACCUGUAACUAUUGCGGAAAACUGAAUCACUUCCAGCGGGCCUGUAUCAAACGCAAGAAAGACACGGCCGUACACAACAUCCAAGUGAGUGAGGACGACUACUGCUACACAUUGCAUAACAAUGAACAUACAGUAUACACACUGUCAUUGCCCACAGCCCAAGUCAGAGUAAACAAUCGGGAGAUCAUUAUUCUUCUUGACACGGGUUCAACGGUAAACAUUCUGGAUGAACGUGGCUACGCAAGUGGGGGCAGUCCGCCCAUGAAACGCCGCGGACAGUCACAAGUGCAUGCCUAUGGUGAAGCUUGA